AUGUUUGAAGUCUCAGAAUUGAUCCCGGUCAAGGAGUUCCUGGAGGAUGAGAAAAACAAUCCCAAGAAGAAGAAGUUCAAGAACGACAGCGAGAGGAAAAAGUACAUCAAGGAGGUCCUCAAGAUUCCUUUGGUGAAGAACCCGGCCAACAACAAGGACUGCGUGGCCGUCGCCAACAAGACGGUCAUGCUCAGCGGCCAGCGCCUCUCUGCAACUCGCACCAAAGAGCAGGAGUUCGAUGACAGGGCGGAGGCUCGCGAGGCGAUGACCAAGGCGGCGGCGCAAUAUGACGUUGAGACCACGACGCAGGGGGCCAUCGACACUGCUGUGGGCCGGAACAAUGACUCUUCAGACUCUUCCACAGAUGACAGCAGCGCCUCCGACAAUGACUCCAGCAAGUCGAGCUUUGGCGGGCGCCUCCGAGACUCGCCCGUGCAGAAAAAGAAGCGGCGGGCGGCCAAAGCCGCUGCCAAACCGAAUGGUGCUGCACCAUCGGCGACCCCUGGCAGCAAGAGGCGCCGUGGCGGGAGCUCAGCGGCUGAAAGCAAGAAAGCUGCCAACCGGGAGAGCCUGAUUUCCCAGGCCCAGAAGCUGCUUGAGUCCUUGAAGGAGUUGUCGCCGGACGUUGUUUGGAGGAGUGUCAUUCGGGCAGCGGAGCUUGACAGGCGCCUCACGAAGGUGCCCAGCCUCUUGGACGAGCUGGACGUUCUGGCUGGCGACAUGGAUGCGCCGGAGGACAUGAAGGCGCAGGCUGGCGAGCUCCACGUAGCCAUCUCGAAAAAGAGCGAGGAGGUGACGGGGGUGAAGGAGCUCAGCCGCAUCCUGAGGUUCAUGCCCCUUGCCGACCUGGCGGCCGACCUUGACAAGCCGGACGGGCAGCUCUUGAAGGCUUUGGAGGCGUGUGUCGACUCGUUGCUGCAAUGCCCCGUCGCCUUGCCCGACAUCAUUCAGUUUAUUGCAAAAAAGCUGGUUGAUGCAGCCCGGCUGCAGCGCAGAAACGUGACGCGUGACUGUGACUCAGAAGCUUGUUUCGGGGUAGGUACGGUAGGCCGGUAG